AUGAACCGUCCCGCUCCAGUGGAGAUUACUUAUGAGAGUAUGCGCUUCCUAAUUACCCACAACCCAACCAAUGCAACCCUCAACAAAUUCACAGAGGUAAGGAGGCUAUCUAUAUUGUAUGUUUGAACAGGCAGCCAAAGAGUGCACAAAAGAUGCAGGCCAAUGUUGUAGUCUACCUAGAUGAGUGGUUUUCAAAUUUUCUUCCGGGAAGCCUAGUGGAAGUGGGAAGCUUAUCAAGGACUCUUCAGUGGAAAGAUCAGUAAUGAUAGACAACUGUAUCCUGCAGUUAUUGAGACCAGAUUCCAACAGAUGAUAGCUAAAAGGUAACUUGCCCAAUAUUGCCAAACUCCCCUGGCAAUACACAGACAUAGAAAUUGCUGGGUGAGUAAGUACUUGAUUAAUGUGGGACUAAAGUAGGGCCUAGUAGAGAAAUUCUCUAGAACUCUUAUCCAAAACCUGCAGUCCCAGGAUUUCUGGAGUGUAAAGCUGCAGUGACUCAUAUCUUGCAUGGCCUAUUUCUUUCUGGAAUCCCCAUGCACUAGGGCUGCUUGCUAGUCUUUCUCCCCCCUCACCUCUCUUCCUGUAGGGUUCCCCCCAAGAAAAGGCACUCUUGCAAGCAGACUACCUUGCUUGGAGCCCACAACAGUAUGUGGGUUGAAACAAGUUAACACAUGAAGUAUGAAAUAUGAAAGCAGGGAAGGCCAGAAUAUAAAUACAGUGUUCACACCUAGUCCAGGGAUAGUCCGGCUAUUGAUAUGCCAUGUCUGUAACUUUGUUACCUCAGUCAACAGAGCAACAGGGUCAGCAGGAAUCAUGAGAGAAGCGAUGACCAGCUUCAUGGUCUUUCAUGAUUGUUUACAUAGCACACACACAAACAUUGUGAUUCUCAGUAUAUCACCAUGUUGAAUAUUAUGAAACUGUUACCAUGAUGUGGACUUCAAACUGAUUUUGGAAAAUGUAUUGAUACACCAUCCAGUCCUAGAAGGUACAAGACUGCACUUACAAAAUUGACCUACAAAGUGUCCUCCUCUCUCUUUUCAUUCAUCCUUUCAUUCAUCCUCUACACCAGAUACUGGAAUUAAUCAGUGAAACUUAAUUGAGGAAUCAUUCAGACACUAAUAAAUUCAGGGUGGCUAAUCACCUGAGAGUUCUUCAGGGUGAUGUCACAACUGGGGAAUUUUGCUCUCAUUGUGUAUUGUGGGUAGAAUGUAUGUUAAAAGUAAAUUAAGGGAUUUUGAAGUUCAGCUUGGUUUUUUUCACGUUUUGCAACUAAACCAGAGUUGUGUUUGUGUGCCUUAGAAUUUAUACUUGUAAUGCAUUUCCAGGAAGCCAGAAAACAAGGCUGUCCUUUAGACCAGAAACGUCUGAGGCUACAUAACCCAGACAACCACAUGCUUCCAUUUAAAGAAGAUUGGGGUGCUAACUUUGCUGUUCCACUUUGCCUUUGUGUUCCUUUUUCUUGUUUGGGCCACUUUACAAGUAAUACUUUUCAGUACUUACCUCUCUUCUAGCUUGUAAAAUGUUAAAUGUGUUUUCUUUUAUGCUACCAUAUGUUCUCUCUCUUGUUUUGAAUAACUCGCUUCCAAUUUAAGGACAAGGGUGCUUCUUAAACAAAUGGGAUGGUAUCCAGCUAAGUCUUACUUGGAGUGAGCACACUUAAACCAAUGGUCAUGACUAACUUGGGUCCAUUAAUUUCUGUGGAUUUACUCUGAGCAGAACUUGGUGGAUACAACCUAGUAUGAUUAAUGUUGGAUAUCACCUACUAGGCUUUAGAUUAUGUUUUAGAUGAUUUUGUGCUGCAGAUUUAAACUUUUUGAAAUAAAUACUAUUAUUCAAAGAUUUUCAAAAUAUCCAGCUAACAACCAUGGUAACAAAUAUUAACAAUAAAUGGAUUCACAGUACCACUGUUGCAAUAGUGUGCAAUGCAAAGUCAAUUACAUUAACCUAAAGAGUCUAUCCAAAAUUUGCACACUUAAACUUAACCAGUUGCAAAUUAAAUAAUGAAGGAGAAAGGAACAGGCUUUGUGCAGCUCCCAAGGCUUUUAAGAGCUCUGUAGUUCCAGCUGUUUUAAGAGAAGACUCUCGUUGACUUCUCAGUCUGUCACACCCAUUGCUUCAUUGUGGAUCCUUCCAUUGGCAGGUCAUCCUUUCUGCUUAUCCUCCUUUACACCCUGCUGUUUCUGGAGAAGUUGAAGUAUGUGCAGCAGUAAUUCAAGGAAGAGAUAGUUUUCCUUGGAAGGCUGCCCCAGGCUGUCACCUGUCAUCAGUUAUUCAUACAGCUUUGCAUGCCUCUGGAAGCAAAGGUAUUUUUUCACUUGGUAUGAAAAGUUGAUUUGACUUUGUUUUUUUCUAAAAGGAGCUGAAGAAGUAUGGAGUGACAACCUUGGUGCGUGUCUGUGAUGCUACCUAUGAUAAAGCACCAGUUGAAAAAGAAGGAAUUCAAGUUCUGGUGAGUAUAAAAUUCUGAGAGGGAAUUAUGAUUCAGCAGAAAAUGGCGGGGGUUUUUUGAACUGCCUAGUGGUCUUGCUUCCUAGUGAGAUGGCACUGUCUGGGCUAGCCUGCAGCUGUGGAACUGUGCCUCACUUGGGCAUGGAUUCUGGGUCACUGAGCAAUCUACAUUCCUGCCAUAUCAGGUGCAUUCAAGUAUUUGGCUAAUCAGUUUGGGGGAUUGAGUUCCAAUGUCUCUGUGUUUCUCUAAAGAUAGACUUUUGUGAGUGUUAACUAGAUAAACCUUGCCAGUGGGGAUACCCAUCUGCCUUCAGCUUUAAAGCCAGGAACAAGUGUGUGUGUGCAUGAGAAAGUGAGUGCCACGGCACAGCACUAUGUUUUCUUGGCUGGAAAAUGAUUUUGUCCUGGGAGAAGGGGAGAGAGAGAGAGAGUAAAUUGAAGUAGUUCAGGGCCAGGGGAACUACAGAGGCAGCAAAGUAAGCCUUCUUUGCUGCCUUCACUGUCACUAGGUAGGCUUGAUGAUGAGCCCUCACCAGCAUUUGACCAGAGUUUUCUUCCACUCACAUUUGAGCCGCCUCCCAGCUUGUUUCCUUGACUUAAGCUAUGGAGUAUAACAGGGAGCCAAGUGGGCUCCACAAAGCAGGAGGGGGCCUUCAGGAACAAUUGUGUCAUCAACAUACCCAAAUUUAAAAACACAUGUUAAAAAGCGGUUGAAAACAUUUUAAAAUUCUUUAAACAAUUAGGAUAAUAAUAACAGCAACAGAAUCCACCAACAACCACCCCCCUAAACAAUACCCCAACCCAAGAUUCUGUUCAUCUGCCUCAGCUUUUGUAGCUGGAGUCGGUCAGGGCCCUACCCUCCCAGGCCAGGUGGCAAAGGCCUGCAAGGGAGCAGGUUCUCCAGAAGUCACAGCCAAGAUCAUCUCUUGUGUCAAGCAAUGCCUGGAAAAUAAUCUCUGCUGCAGCAUGAAAAGGUAGUGAUGAGAGAGAUCUAUGUUGCCUGAUACUCAGACUACUCUCUCCUAGAAGUCAACAGCAUCAUCUUGUGACUGUAGGCCAGCCCUUCCUCUUGCCCUUGUUUUCUCUAGUGUGACAGAAGAAUGGCCACUUAUGGUGUUCUUGAUCUGAGCAAUUGCAACAAAUAGCUUGCUAUGUAUACCUCAUUCCCCACCCUUGCCUCCACUGCCUGCAGCAGUAGUUCAGUCCAUUCUGAGCGGACUAUCUCUAAACCAGUUCCACAGGAUAAGGAACUCUGCCCAGAUCUUUCCAAUGCCUUGACUUACCUCUGGGCUCUUAGUUUGCCAGCAAAACCUGAAAAAACUGUUAGAAGAAAAUGGAAAUAAAAAAUAAAGCUGUUCACCAAGAUGUUCUAGUCUCCCAACAAUUGUGUCACAACCAUCCGUGAGAUAGGUUUGGCUGAGGGAUAGCUACACUACCUCAAAGGAUGGUUGUAAAGAUAAAAUGUUUGUCCAGACUUUACUUGUAGAGAUGUUUAGGAGAUGGGACACACAAAGCAAUUGCUUAUUCUACCCUAACACAUGGUAAUAGGUCAUCAGAAUUAGACAUAAGCUGAUUGAACUGGUAGUGUUCAAUACAUUUAAUGCAGGAAAAGGCAAGGGAGGUGGGGUGGAUAAUGCUGGCAUUGUUCCAUGCCAGCUGCUGACACUUCACAGGUUCAUGUGUCUGAUUUUAAAAAUAGCUUGUCUAAACAGCAGACAUGGCUUAGGAAAGACAAGGUUGAAUUAUCUUCUGAAAAUGUUUCUGCAAUAUAGUGCCUGCAGAAAAGCAGGUGUACUUUUGAAAAAAACAGUAGACUUUCCUGAGGCUGCUGUGAGAUCAGGAUUGGCCCAAAAUGCAUGUCUGCUGUCAUUAGGUGCUGAGCGAUAACAAGCUGAGAGCGGAGUAUAAGCUGAAUGAUUUGGUUGAACAAGCUGAAGUUCGAUCUAGGAGACUCGUUGUGUGGCCUUUGGCAAAUCCUUCUGGCUCACCAUCAGUUCCCUCAUAUGUAAAAUUAGGAUAAUUGGGGCCAGCUUCACAGGCUUGUUGUGAAGGCAAAUAAACAUGAAGCAAAUGUAGUACAAUAUAAAUAUUACUCCCAGUAGCAAUGAAUGGCAGCGUCUAUGCUUCUAGGGCUUGUUAAUCUAAAGGGUUGAUCUUUUGAGCUGUGGAAUUUCCUCAGCGCCACUUGGCUUGUUAAAAGAAGCACUCAGUGCUUUCCUGGAUGAGGCCAUGCUUAAUCAAAUUUAACUGAAUGUCUGCUAGGGGGAACUUUUCAUUUGAGUGAUUCCACCACUGAAUGUCAGUUCUUGUACUUCCUUUCAUCUGCCCAUUGGAAGUCCCCCUGGUGCUGGCAUCUGGCCUGAUAAGCUGCUGCAGUGGAAGCCUUGUUUAGCUGUUAACCUGUGAAAAACCCCAGGCUUUGCAGUCUCAGCAUUGGUAGUCUUAUUGUGGUGCUUGAGGUCUAUUCUGGGAACUGUGAUCAGUGGCUGACAGUUUCAUGCUGAUAACGUGGUGUUCUGUUGAGCAGGCAUCUCAGCAGAAGAGAUACAAUGAAGGAUUUGCUCUUUCCUUUCAGCUCUCAAUGGAUCUUUCCUCAGGGUGCUCAAAGGAAGACAUGUUUUAUCUUUCUGCCCUAUUUGGGGGUCAUAUCUUUUGUCUAUGGCCUUGGCUCCUCCAAGCCUGCCACCUCUAAGUUUCCUGUUUUCUAAGAGGAUUCUACCCAUUCUGUCUCUGCCCCUUCUUCUCAGAACACCUUUGUAGGGUGGCGUUCUUCCCCUUCCCUCCAAAUCGUGAAAAUACACUUUUGAAGUUUUGGUUUCCAUUUUCUAAUAAAGCAAAGGCAAUAAUGGCAACUAUAAAAAAGUAAGAGAAGAAAUCAAAGCAAGAAAAGUGGGAUACGAAGAGAGAGGAAGGAGCAGUAAUAAUAUAUAAUAAUUAUAAUAAUAGCAUUAUAAUUCCAGGCAAUUGUCCUUCAUAAACAUAAUAUCCAAUAAUGUUUUUUCAUAGGAAUCCAUGAGAAGAGGGGGCUGCCAGUCAUGUUCCUUAACUUACACCGCACUUAAACAGAUAACAUAAUUAAAUAUUUUGCUAUGGCUAAAACAAUAAAACUCCCUCACCCUGAGCCAUGUGAACAUUGUCUCCUGUCCCUCAAAAGAUACCAGCCUUUUCUCCUUACUGCCCUGUACUGUUUGGAACUACCUCCUAGAGGUGUCCUAACUUAUGAUCAUCAAAUCACUCCUAAAAGCUCACCUUUUCCUUGAAGCUUUUGGCACAGCCUUUAAUUUCAACAUUGUACUGUAACCCAGCCUAAACAUGUGCAACUGAAACAACUGCAUAUUGCUUCCAUGUUUAUCCCUGCCUCCCCUUCCAUGUGUUUGAUUUACCCGUGUUGAAUUUAAGAUUAUAAGCUUCUUGAGGCAGGAAUCUUUCCUCAUGUACAGUCAUACCUUGGGUUACAGACACUUCACAUUGCAUGUUUUCGGGUUGUGCACCGCUCUUAACCCGGAAGUACCGAAACGGGUUACAUCCGGGUUUCGGCACUCGCACAUGCACAGAAGUGCUGAAUCGCGACCUGCGUGUGCGCAGAUGCGGUGCUGCAGGUUGCAAACGUGCCUCCCACACAGAUCACGUUCGCACCCGAGUGUCCACUGUUUUUGGAAAGUGCUGUACACACUAAAGGUGCUAUAAAUGAAAAAAAAUUAAAAAUAUACUAUAUGAACCAAAUUAGCAUCAAAACAGUGUAUUGAUGCCACAAUAAAAUGCAGACCAUAAACGCUUACAACUGAUAUCCCUCCCAGAUAUCAUAUUCAGUAUUCAAGGUAUUGCUGUCACACACAUGAAAGUGAGAGUAUGCUUUUUUCUCUUGUUAUUGCCAAAGUGGUAUAAUUAGUUGCCAAAUUUGUUUUGUUUAUUGUAAAACAGAUUUAUAUCACUCUUCAUUAAAAAAUUCAGACACAACACAUGGAAAGUCAAUUAAAAUCCAAUAAAUACAGGUUGCAGGUACAACAAUUUAGUGGUAGCAAUGCCCAGAGUGGGAGGGAGAAAAGGAAGGUGCAAUGAUUCAGGCAGACUUAAGUUGCAUCUGCCCGAGAAAUGGGAUGGGAAAUUUUGGAACAAGAUGGAGAUAGAUUGAAAUUGCAGAGUUUUGAAAAACUAAAAAACAAAGUGUGAGACUGGCUUCAUUAUUAUCAGAUAAUGGAGGCAUACAAUUUGGACAAGAAAAUCGGCUUCCAGCUGGAAAAAUCAAAAUUAGAAACAGAAUUGUUAGAACCUAAAACCAAGAUUUUGUCAAAGAUGUAUAACUUGCUGUUGAAAUGGAAUACUCAGGAUGAAACGGUGAAAUCUGCUAUGAUUAAAUGGGACAAGACGUUGGACAUAACAUAAUGAUGGCUGACUGGGAACAGUUAUGGACCACAGGUAUGAAGUUUACGGCAUGCAAUGCCUUAAGAGAGAAUAUUAUGAAAAUGAUAUACAGGUGGUACAUAACCCCAGUCAAGCUUGCAAAAAUCUAUCAUUUGCCCGAUAACAAAUGUUGGAAAUGCAAAGAAACUGAAGGUACAUUCUUUCACCUUUGGUGGACGUGCCCAAGGAUUAAGGUUUUCUGGGAGAUGAUUUAUAAUGAAUUAAAAAAGGUAUUUAAAUAUACCUUCUUGAAGAAACCAGAGGCCUUUCUCCUGGGCAUAGUCGGCCAAUCGGUGUUAAAGAAGGACAGAACUUUCUUUAUGUAUGCUACAACAGCAGCAAGAAUACUUAUUGCAAAGUAUUGGAAGACACAAGACCUACUCACACUGGAAGAAUGGCAGAUGAAAAUGAUGGACUACAGUGGUGCCUCGCAAGACGAAAUUAAUUCGUUCCGCAAGUUUUUUCAUCUAGCGAAUUUUUCGUCUUGCGAAUCACGAAUUCCCAUAGGAAUGCAUUGAAAAUCAAUUAAUGCGUUCCUAUGGUCAAAAAAAGUCCAAACAAAGCCAAAUUUGGUACAACAACCUCCCCAACUGUUGCAAACCCCUCCCCAACUGUUCCCCCAGCCCCUCCCCAACUGUUGCAAACCCCUCCCCAACUGUUCCCCCAGUCACCCAGCACACAGAAAUUCAAAUCCAGAAAUUUUUUAAAAAAACAGCAGAGUGGCCCAGUGGUCACAGAAAAUCAUAAAAAUGCAGAAAAAAACACACAAGCUUCCAGAUUCCUGCAAACCCCUCCCCAACUGUUCCCCCAGCCACCCAGCACACAGAAAUUCAAAUCCAGAAUUUUUUUAAAAAAAUAGCAGAGUGGCCCAAUGGUCACAGAAAGUCAUAAAAAUGCAGGAAAAAACCACACAAGCUUCCAGAUUCUUGCAGACCCCUCCCCAACUGUUCCCCCAGCCACCCAGCACACAGAAAUUCAAAUCCAGAUUUUUUUUAAAAAAACAGCAGAGUGGCCCAAUGGUCACAGAAAAUCAUAAAAAUGCAGGAAAAAACCACACAAGCUUCCAGAUUCUUGCAAACCCCUCCCCAACUGUUCCCCCAGCCACCCAGCACACAGAAAUUCAAAUCCAGAAUUUUUAAAAAAACAGCAGAGUGGCCCAAUGGUCACAGAAAAUCAUAAAAAAUGCAGAAAAAAGACACACAAGCUUCCAGAUUCUUGCAAACCCCUCCCCAACACCAAGUCCUUGAAUUCCAAACACCCCAACCCAAAAUCCAACCCCCCCAAAAAAGUUUUAAAAGCUUAACUUGGCUGCAAAAGAAGUUUUGGAAAAGCUUCAAAAAUCACCAAAGUCUUUAAAAACCUCAAAAAAGGCUACUAUGUACACUGCGUUCUAUGAGUUGCUCCUCGAAGUCAAGUCACAACUGUAUUAAUGGUGUUAAGAAAAAGGAAACAAACUUGCAAGACGUUUUCGUCUUGCGAAGCAAGCCCAUAGGGAAAUUCGUCUUGCGAAGCAGCUCAAAAACGGAAAACCCUUUCGUCUAGCGAGUUUUCCGUCUUGCGAGGCAUUCGUCUUGCGGGGCACCACUGUACAUGGAAUUGGUGGAAAUGACUGGCAGAAUCCGAGACCAGGGAGAAGAGUCGGUGGAAGAAGAUUGGAAGAAAUUUAAAGACUAUUUACAGAAAUAUUGCAAAAUUAAUGAAUGUUAAAAUGAUGUUGGAUUGAAGUUAAGUGGUUUCUAGCUGUAAUGGUAUAAAAGAAUAUGGAAAAAUUGGAUUUUUAAUAGGUAAAAAUUUAAUGCUAUAAUAAGAUUAAAGAUCAGGAUAAAAUAAGGAGGGAAAGGAAUUGCUGAACUAAUAAAUUGAACUGGAAUACAAAAAAGGGAGGCAUGAGGAGGUCCGGGAAACAAGUAAAUGAAAGAUAAGUGACGAAAAGAUGGAAUUGUUUUUAAUUUUUUUUUUUUUGCAUUUUUUCUUUUUUCAUGUAAUAUUGUGAAAACUUUAAUAAAUAUUUAUAAAAAAAGAAGAAGAAGAGAGAAAUGGGAUGGUUACGGGUCUUCUGAAAAGAAGUGGGGUGGCAUUCCACCAUGCUUUGAAUACUGAGAGGAAGUAACAUGUUCUGUCUCCUUCUUCCAAAGGACUGGCCAUUUGAUGAUGGAGCACCACCUCCAAGUGAAAUCGUGGAUGACUGGCUUAACCUUUUGAAAACAAAAUUUCGUGAGGAACCUGGCUGCUGCGUUGCUGUACACUGUGUUGCAGGGCUUGGAAGGUAAACUUCCUGUUCUCUGAUUGGAGAGGUUGAUUUCAGGAUUUCCUGUUUCUUGCAGUUAAAUCUGUGAUUUGAGGUCUGUAGCACAACAAACCCACCAGUAUAUUGAGACACAUUUGGUUGUCUGCUAGGAUGCUGACUCAUUGGUUUCAAACACUGCUGUCCUCCUCCCCAGCCGUUUUUUCAAGAUUCCUAAAUCAACAGGGAUAGUUCUCAUCUAACACCAACCCCAUGCUCCAUUGUAAAGCACUGCAAUUAAAUUUUAAGUUUUUUACCCCAUGAAGAAUAGGCCCUUGGGUUUUUAAGAGGAGACCUUUUAAAUCACUAAGUUUGGCUUAGGCACUCUUGAAGCAAGCUGCCCACAACUAGGACAGCUGCAAAGUAGUAAAUGGGUAGAUAGUUCCUUCCCUUGCAGUCAUGCUUAUGCACAAGGUAAGAAUUGUAAUCUGCUGGUGCGUGCUGUGGCUCUUGAUGAUUUGACCUCUCCAGUGACCAGUCAUUUUAAGUUGCUUAUGAUAGCUGCUGGCGCUCCCUUCUUAAUUGCAAUUGCAUUCCUCAACAUAAUCAAUAUUGUGAAACAAUGCACUUGCUAAAAUUGGAGUGCCAGGAACCGCUGCCCUGAGCUACUUUGUGCCACAUGCCAGCAGGACUGUUAACAUUGGUCAAUGGAUCAGUUUAUCAAAACAUUUUGACCUUAAAUAUUCCCUUGAUUAAUUGGAAAAACUGCAGGUGGCAGGUACUUUUCUUUAAGAUGCAUCGCCCAUCUAGUCUCAAUUAUAGUUGAUAAACUUUUUAACUGAAAUGUGCAAACAGUGUUGCUGUCCUAUAUUGGGCACCCAUAAAGCUAUCGAUUUCAUACUGCAUGCAGCAUUAAACAAAGCAGGCCAAUAUUGUUCUGUAGCUGAGAAAGAGAGAGCGAGAGCGAAAAGCAGUCUUGAGCCCAUGGCUGCACUAAUUGGAUCUAUUUUUGAGAGGUUUACUGGACCUAGUUUAAAUUUGUAUUGAUUUCUCUUCUCCUUCCAGAGCCCCAGUUCUGGUUGCCCUAGCACUCAUUGAAUGUGGAAUGAAGUAUGAGGACGCUGUGCAGUUUAUAAGACAGUAAGUGUUGCCCCUCUUCUCACUUUCUGUAGCAUUCUUUGCAUUGAGCAAUCUUCUGUCACAAGGUUGGUUAGCAGCUGCUGCUUCCUCAUAGCAUUGCUGAGCUUGUGACAUACAAAAAUGUUUGAGGCCUAGGCACAGUCCCUCCUUCUGGGUGGUGAUUAGACAGAAUUAGCUAGGCUUGUGACUUGGGCCACUUGGAUAUAACAUUCACUUAAGAACAAGCAAGCUACAGAACUGCCCCCCCCCCCCCCGUUUGCUUUAUUGGGAAACUGACCAAGUCUUUUGGAAUACAGAAUAAAUGUAGCCCGUCUUGGCUGGCACUGCUGAUCUUAGGCAUUACUUUGCUACAACCCAGCUAGUAGAAGUCAGUCAUUCCAAAGGAAUCCAGAAUUGGGGGGGGGGGGCUAGCAGGUAAUGGAGCCCCCUCCUUCUGCUUUUAAAAUAAGAGGCAGAUGGCUCUUAGGCACAUCAUGCUUUUCUUUAUUUAUUUUAAUGAGACACUUUGCUCCACAUGAACUGUAGUCUGAUGAGUUCACCUCAGAGCAGAGAUAAGCAUGUCAGUACGGCCUGUGUUUACUGAUUAUUGCAUUCUUACCCUACCUUUCCUCCAACAAGACCAGAGCAGCGCACAUGAUCUCCCCACCCCAUUUUAUCCUGUGUGAGGCAGGCUGGGCUGAAAGGUCAUAUUGGGAGUCAUGCUAAAGUUAAAGCUUCAGCUUGUGUAUUUAAACUGCAGUUCCCUGUUUUGUCCAGUUAAGGCAAAUUGAGUUGUUUUAUACAGUCAUACCUCGGGUUAAAGUCGCUUCAGGAUGAGCGUUUUCAGGUUGCGCUCCGUGGCGACCCGGAAGUAACGGAAUGGGUUACUUCCGGGUUUUGCAGCUCGUGCAUGCGCAGACGCUUAAAAUGACAUCACGCGCAUGCACAGAAGCGGCGAGUCGUGACCCGCAGACACGGGUUGCGUUCUGCUCAGGAUGUGAACGGGGCUGCAGAACGGUUCCUGUUCGCAUCCAGAGGUAUCACUGUAAUGCACACUUUAAUAAUAUUUGUUUGUGCUGAAAGGAGGAAGAAGGGGAGUGCAUGAGCCUAAGGUACACUGGAGUGUGUUCUCAUCUCAACAAACGAUAGAUUUAUUAUGUCUGACACUGGUGAAUGACCCAAAGUCACAUAAUGAGUUUCAUAAACUGAGUAGGAUUUUGAACAUGAAUAAUAUAUUAUUAUUUUUCCUCACAGAUUAGAAUUUGGCUGUCACUAUUUAGACUGGGUUCUUGGGUUACCUUGAUGGUGUAGGAGCCAUAUCUUUCCAACCCCACCGGGUAACACGAGAAGUCUGGGGCCAUAUGAGUUCCUUAAGGCUCAAUAUAGAGUCUGGGGGGAUCUCAUCAGAAUGAAAAAUGCACCUGUGUAUGGCAAGCAAGUUUGUGGACCUCCCUGCCAGUGUUUAACGCAUUUUCCAAAGACUGACACUAGCAUGGGGAGGAGCUGCAGUGAGCUUUUCCUUUGUGGUUUAAGGCUAACGUUGCAGAAAAGAAAGAGUGACAGUAAUGUAAUAACUCUGUCUUAAUUAACUAAAGCUUUUGUUGAUCAACCUAUUAAACUGAUCAGAGCUUGCAGUCUUAAUGAUACUUUAUAGAUCCAGUUUCAUCUGCAUAUGCACCUCAUGUUUUCUUUCUCUUGGCUUCUGCCAAGCUUGAAAUGAAGCAGAGGUACCAUAUAGGAAGUUAGGUGUGAGCUGUGCAGGCCUGGAGGUCUGUGCAGGUCUAUUAAGAAUGUCAGACAAACUUGCUGGAUGAUGCCAGGAUCCUAUUCUCACAGUGGCUCAACAGUUGCCUGUUGGAAACCAGCAAGCAGAAUUCAAGCACCAGAACAACUGGUAUUGCUACAUCCAACUGGAGAAAUGCAUUUAGUGUUUGUGCUUGAGAUCUAAUGCCUUGGAUGUGCUUCUGUUUCAGGAAGAGGAGGGGAGCUUUCAAUUCUAAACAACUGCUCUACCUUGAGAAAUACCGACCGAAGAUGCGAUUACGCUUCAGAGAUGCCAACGGCCACUGCAUUAUGCAGUAA